AUGUCAAAAACGAUCGUUUACAACUUUGACAGAAGCACUCGGUUAAUCACCUUCUUCGACGUGCAAUCAAAGUCUCUGCACAGACCAGCGUUUCUAUUUUUGGCGUUGGACCGUGAGGAAGAUUCACAGCAACGAUGCUCAGCUCUCAACAGAUUCCAACCAAUUCCGAACGGGAAUGUCUUCGUUUCCAGCAAAUCUCGCACCAAAACUCCAAAACUCACGCGAGGACAAACCAGGCUGUUGCUGAAAAUGACAACGUUGGCUCGCUGGGAUCUUCUCGUCGUCAUCAAAACCCUGCCAGUCGAAGAGAUGGAUUUUUGUGGUUGAACGUGCCGCCUUCAAGCUGAAUUUAACGAAAGAUUGAUCAACUGAUCUGAACUGAUGAAAUCGCUGUGCAAUCCUGCUGGGCUUCGCGUCUCAAACGGUAAGUCAAACCUAAGUGCUUUCUCAACCCAUCGUCCUGUUCUAGUCAGUCACUGCGCGGUUGUUUCUGUUUCUGUAGCCCAGUGAUCUCCGUUAUGGACGAAAGCAUCCCACUACUAAAGCCUAUCCUGAUUGGCACGACUGUUUUGUUUGCCCAUCAUCAACCUUAGAGUGACAAUUCUAGAAAAAUACAAGUUGAACCCUAUUACCUAAGUCCUGACUAGAGCCGCCCAGCCGUAACAUAUGGGCUAGGCGGUCUCGAGAUGGACAAGACGACGCGUACGGCCCGUGUCACUCCUGUCGGAUGAUUUGGCCGCACCCCCCUGGCCACUUUAUCUUGGAUGCGCGCGUCACAGUUCUAAAUUGCAAUUGUGUUGAAAGCGACUUGUUUUGAC